AUUUUAUAGGGUAGGAGUUGCCUCUGUCGCAGGACGCAGACUGCAUUGGAAUCGAUCGAUAUCCAGUUGAUGUGAUGAUAUUCGACUUGUCAGAAUGUGGACCCUAGGUGCCAACUUCCUCUAUUCCGUGCUUCAGCUGCCCUUGCUGGCAAUCAAGGACGAAAUUGCAGAUACCGUUCCCUUGGAUCUGGCGGCAACUGCUUUGCCAAGUUAUGUUUUGGAAUAUGCACCUUUAGUUUGGCUAUAUAGCCAGGAAGCCUACCUACCCUAUGAUUUCGGGAAGCAGCUUGUACAUGCAAUCCCGAUGGUCAAUUGGACUGCAAUUCAGGGAGCACCGUCGCCCUUGACGCUCGAUAAUCUGGCAAGCCUGAACGAUUUGGGAAACACCAGCGUUUAUCUGACCUCCAAGGAAGGCAUCAACGCCAACCCGCAGCCAGAAUGGCUUCAUGGCGUGAAACCAGAUGCAAAUGGCAAGACAGAAGGCGCUGUCUCAUCAGCAAUCAUUGUCCGUGACCACGGCAAUGGGACGUUGGAUGCCUUUUACUUCUAUUGCUAUGCGUACAACCAAGGAAACACAGUCCUGGGCAUGGAAUUCGGGGACCAUGUCGGCGAUCUGGAACACAACAUGAUGCGAUUCGAGAACGGAGUCCCCAAAGCCCUCUGGUACAGCCAGCACGCAGGAGGCGAAGCCUUCACCUACUCCGCCACCGAAAAGAAAGGCAAAAGACCGAUCGCAUAUUCCGCGAACGGGACACAUGCUGUAUAUGCGAUUCCCGGGACCCACGACCACGCGAUCCCCCAUUUCAACCUUCCCGUAGGAUUCGUAGAAGACCAUACGGACCGAGGAACGCUAUGGGAUCCCAUCCAAAGCGCCUACGCAUACAGCUACGACGCGGCGAGGCGGACCUUCCAGCCCUACGAUCGUAGCUUCCCGGUCAACUGGCUGGGAUUCAAUGGCCAGUGGGGUGACGAUGCUUUGCCGGGGGGUCCGGAGCUCUUUGGGGAAGCGAAAUAUACGGCGGGACCGAACGGACCGAAAUUCAAACACCUCGUUCGGGAGACCGUUUGUUCGGAUAGUCCAUGCGUUGUUUUGCCUUUUCGGACUUGGAGUGAGGGUGAGAUGGUGGGGGAGGAGUGAUUGAAUGGAUGGAUGGAUGGAUGGAUGGAUGGAUGAUGUAUAUGAAGAAGUUAUGCCAU